UAACCUGGGAGAGGGGGCCUAUAUUAGACCUCUGAGUCACAGAAGGUUUUGCAUAGCUGGUGUUUGGUUACAAGCCUUUUAUGGACUCCCUCAUCAGGGAUAUCAGUAUCUGCAAUAUAACUCCUAUCUAUUCUUAGGUGACACUUCAGCAGGACUGACCAAGAAAUACCCACCUGUGUGGCCCCCUUCCCUCUCCUCCCUCCAUUCCACAGAGCCUUUGGGGUGCCUGGCGUGAAAGAAAGAUAAAAUGUCUUACAGUGUGACACUCAACGGACCUGGACCAUGGGGAUUCCGACUGCAAGGGGGCAAGGACUUCAAUAUGCCUCUGACCAUCUCCAGAAUUACACCUGGCAGCAAGGCAGCCCAAUCCCAGAUGAGCCAGGGGGACAUGGUGGUAGCCAUUGAUGGAGUCAACACAGAUGCCAUGACCCACCUAGAAGCCCAGAAUAAGAUAAAAUCAGCAAGCUACAACUUGGCUCUCACUCUUCAAAAAUCAAAACGUCCAGCUCCAGUUCCAACAGCCACCCCAAGAAUUGACUCUCCUAUGCCUGUGAUCCCUCAUCAAAAGGAUACUGUUCUGGAAGUCAAUGGCAACCAAGCAAACUUCAGUCCUCUAACUAGCACAUCGGCUGGGCCCAUGAGUAGCAUUUUAGCAGGCAAUGGAGUAUACGCAGGCUACCUCAGCAAACAAGAGACCACUCUAUCACAUAGUUCUUCCUUCCUAAAGACUUCUACCAUUAGAUCUUCCAUGUCCUCUCAGUCUGUGACACCUGAUCUCUCACCAGCAAAAAGUGACCUAGGGUCAAAAACAAGUUCAGUCUUUACAGAUGGCAGUAGCCCUAAGCACCAGCUGAGCCCGGCAAGGCAAUAUAACAACCCCAUUGGUCUUUACUCAGCAGAGACUCUCAGGGAGAUGGCUGAAAUGCAUAAAUUAAGUCUCACACAAAAGGCUUCAAAAGCUGGACUUCUUAGCGGUGAAUCUCCAUUGGCUAGCCUCCCUGUUAAAGAUCCUCAUGUAGACAGUGCCUCUCCAGUGUAUCAGGCUGUACUUAAAACACAGAACAAGUCUGAAGAGGAGCUUGAUGAUUGGAGCCGCCGUUCCUCCCACUUGCAGUCCAGGUCCUUCCGCAUCCUGGCUCAGAUGACAGGAACUGAGUACAUGCAAGAUCCAGACGAAGAUGCCCUGAGGAGAUCAAGUGGCAAGAAAAAGGUUGCUGAAUCAUCUGAAAACAGUACCCCUGUUGAGCAUGCACCAGUGUCUACCAGCUGUGUUCCUUCUGCUAUGCCACCUGCUUCAUCCAACCAGCCUGCUACUGCUGCUCACAAUGCUGCCCAUCAGAUGAGCCUGUCAUCAGCCAUGGCCACUUCAGCGGCGCACGACUCCAUCUCAUCUAGCUGUCAAAGCUUCAACCGACAUUCUUCCACUUCCAUCACCUACCAGUCCAAAAAGAGAAGUCCAGGCCAAACAUAUACCUCAGUGCCUGCUACCCAUGGCCCAGCUCCUUACACAGGCUACAGUGAAGCCCCAGCUCCUGCUUCGAAACCCAGAGUUGUCACCACUGCCAGCAUAAGGCCCUCAGUCUAUCAGCCAGCUCCAGCACCGGCUCCGGCUCCGGCUCCAGCUCCAGCUCCAGCUCCGGCUCCGGCCUCUGUGCAUACUUAUACUCCAAGCCAACCUGAGCCUUCAAGCCGUCCUCCCUGGAUCACAGAUGACUCAUUCUCCCAGAAAUUUGCUCCUGGGAAAAGUACCACCACAGUCACUAAGCAUAUCCUGCCACGGGGUGCUCCAGUCCCACCACCUGCUGCCUCUACUCCAGCUUAUCCUCCUCCUUCAAUCCCAACCUCCUCUCAGGCACCUGCUGUGGCCAGGGGCACAAUUCAAAGGGCUGAGCGCUUCCCAGCCAGCAGCCGGACUCCACUCUGUGGACACUGCAAUAGCAUAAUCAGGGGCCCUUUCCUGGUGGCCAUGGGUCGUUCUUGGCAUCCAGAGGAAUUCAACUGUGCCUACUGCAAGGCCUCCCUGGCUGAUGUGGGCUUUGUCGAAGAACAGAACAGUGUCUACUGUGAGCGCUGCUAUGAGCAGUUCUUCGCCCCAACCUGUGCCAGAUGCCAUACCAAGAUCAUGGGGGAAGUGAUGCAUGCCCUUAGGCAGACUUGGCACACAGCUUGCUUUGUCUGUGCUGCCUGCAGGAAACCAUUUGGGAAUAGCCUUUUCCACAUGGAGGAUGGCGAGCCCUACUGCGAGAAAGACUACGUUGCCUUGUUCAGCACCAAAUGUCAUGGAUGUGAUUUCCCUGUUGAAGCAGGAGAUAAGUUCAUUGAAGCUCUUGGACACACCUGGCAUGAUACCUGCUUCAUUUGUGCUGUGUGCCAUGUGAAUUUGGAAGGUCAGCCGUUUUAUUCAAAGAAGGAUAAGCCACUAUGCAAGAAGCAUGCCCAUGCCAUCAACGUCUAAAGGAAGAACAAGAAGCUAACAAGCAGAAAAAUAUUUAGUGGUUGGUUCAGUGAAUGAAAUAUAGAUAACUAUGGCUUUUUCAUUGUGGGUUGGUGAAUUAAAAACACUUCUGCAAUUUAUUUCAGUUGCUUUUAUAUAUGGAGAUCUUAUUCCUCCAUACCAAAAGUGAAUGAAUAUUCAAAACCUGACAGUGAACUAUUGCUGCAAAAGUCUGAGCAAAAUGAACAGCAAAAAGGGAUAAAAUCAUUUUUAAAAGUGUAACAUAAAAUUCUAAAUAUUUAAUAUCUUCUCCUGUGUUCAAUAGGGCAGACAUUAGGCUGCACAGCAGUGAUAGGAAAUAAAUAGAUACCACUCUUAGAAUUAUGAUGCAGCUCAAAAGUGCCAAAACAGUACAUGUAGAAUACAUUUUAAAGUAACAAUUUAUAUCAGCAGGUCAAUUACGUAUUCUUCAGUAAAGAGGAUUGUUUUCCAUUAUUUAUGUUAUCAUUCUUCUUCUCAAUACUGAAUAUUGUAUAGGCUUGUGUAAACCACAUAGAGUUAACUGAAAGCAACCCCAACAGUUUACCUAGUCAAGAUGUGAAUGCAGACACAAGAGCUCAUUCACAUUUCUUCUCAGUGACAUGGGAACUAAUUCCUUGUAGUAUGUACAGUUCUAUGUCACCCUGGCCAUCUUUAUAUAGGGAAACCAUAUUGUCAGGACCAGUGGUAUAGGUUUCCCUCCAAAUGAAUGUUGUGCAGUCUCUCCUAACUGGGAAGCAUUUGUAGUGAAAUAAAACAUGUUAUUGAUUCCCCAUACAUAGUUCUUUAUACUAUUAUCAAAGCAACAGAAGACCAUCCUGGGGAAGCAGCUCAUACAAGUGUUGUGGGUAUGAAUUGGCCUUAGUGUUAAAAAAAAAUAGGCAUAAUGAUGACACUCUUUUGCACGCACCCUGAGCUGCCUAAGAGCCAUCUAUCUUACAAUGUCAUGAUAUGUGUGUUUGUGUGUGUGAAUACUGCAGUACGGGGCCCAUUGCAGAUGUUUUCCUGCUAGAAAAAAGAGUGGAAUUUCAGUGCUGAUAGAAAAAACAACCUAACAAUGAGCAAUUCCCAAAUCAUUGUAUUCACCUACAUCUUGCACCCCUGUGGGAUGAAACCAGAGUGAAGUAUCCCAACCAAAAAAGGCUGUGGAUGUGUUGGAAGGGACUUGUCUGCUGUUGUGGUGGUAGAAUGGAUGGGGGGGAGGCAGGAUCUUGUAAUGAAUUAGCUUAUUCAGAGCAUAAAAAGGAAACUGGCUUUCCACAAUUAGCUAUGUAUAUAAGGAAAGAGAAAGAGGAGAGGACUCACACUGUAUUUCUUUGUGUGGUCAGUGCACUUUUCCUCUUCUUUGUCUCCUCAUCUGAUGGGUUAUGGCCUGGUCCCUGAAAUGAGAGAAUGAUAGGAGGUGCAUCUAGUUCUGUAUCAGCCCUAAAAGAGCAGCAGGAAAGGGAAAACCCAGAGGGAAGCCCAUCCUUAUUUUUAUGCUUUCAGUAGGUACAAAAUUAAUACCAUUCACAAGGCAGACCCAAGUAAAAUGCAUGUCUAGUUAAAACAAUGUUUACAUUUUUUAAAUUUGGCAUUUCUGAUAUGUGAUGGUGUUUGCUGCUAAAGGAAAUAAAACCUUUAGAACUUACGAGCAGAAUUAAUGUUAGCCGCCCUAUUCAAUCUUGUCUCAAGAAAUAUCCAAAGCCUUGGAGGUGUUAUAAGCAUGUCUUUAUUCUGACUGUAAUUCUGGAAAUUUAAGAAGUUAGUAUUACAUCAUUAUUUCAGACAAUUAGACUGGGCUUCAUUUCUACUCUGAUGAGCAUCCGAAACUGUGACAUAGGCACGGAAGUGUCCACACACAUCCCAUGCCAAUGUAAAUAACUCAUUGGAAUGAACAAAAUGAUCAUAAAGGCAAAGCCAUUUAUUUUAAAGUAGUCUCAGUAUUGAACUCUCCAAUUAAUAGCUCAGCACUGAAAUUUAUGAGUGUGUGUUUAUAGGAAAAUAAUGUUUACCUUUAUUAACAAAACAAAACAAAAAACAGAAAAAGAAAAAAACCACCAUUUAGUUUUGUUCAUGCUUACCAUUUAAUCCACACUAAUAGAUAAACUAAUUUAAGUGGAUUUUAUUAUCAAAAAAGCAGUGGCAAAAAACUGCUUUAUGUAGUAUUGUCUCCUGGUCAAUACACUGUGCCUUAUUUUAAGAAAUAUAGUGUAAGAAGCAUUUUAACAACUCUUUUGAUUUUGCUUUAUUCUCUAGUUAAAAUUAACUGGACUGAAAAGUGCUGGAUUCAGCCCACCCCUUCAACAAAACAUUCAUGUUUCUAGUACACAACAGUUUACGCCUUGUGUUCAAUCUGUAUUUUGGAUAGUUAUGCAUAUUGGACUUGCAGUGUAUAUGCAAGUACAGCACUUUAAUUCUUAUUGAUCUUGUCAUUUUAACAAGGACUGCUGCAGAACUGUGUGAUUACUGUAUUACUUAUUCUUAAAAAAUAUUUUAGCAUAUUAGUCAUUUUUAAAAAAAAAAUUAAAAAAAGACACAAUGGUUUUUAUUUGCAUGUUUAGAGAGUUAAUAUCUUAGUUUGUGACUAUGAUGGGAGAUGGCAGACUCAUCUCCUCCCAGGACUCUUUUCCAAUUCAGACUCUCUCUGAAGUGAGUCUUCUCUAUUGCUUUGCAACAGCAUGACAAACAACCCCUACAGUAUGCAGCACCUUUGAGUCUAACUGAGUAAGACAUUGUAGCAUGAGAUUUCAUAGAUUUAGGGUGAAUCUAUACUGGCUAGAAUACUUCUAUAUGCUCCCAUACUAUUCUGGCCCCAAAGCUGCCAUGGAUUCCAACAUUACCAGCACAUUCUGGAACAACGCCAGGUGGCUGUCUACACAGUGUUUUGCUGUGACACCCAGUGCUACUCCUUCUGAAGGCUAAAGGAAGGCACCCAGUGUCAAUCGUAUGGCUAGGCUGAGUCAACCAUCAUAGGUGCCUUGUUACCUCAGAGAGCAAGACAUGCACCAGUGUUGGCGCCACCAGGUGCCCAACAGGAUGAUGUGUAAAUAGCCGCCUGGCAUUGAUCUGGACUGCUCUGGAUUUUGCUGGGAAAUCCAGAGUGAAAGGUAAAUAUUUUAAAACCAGUGUAAGUCAGGAUGGCCCAGAUUCAGUGUGGAGCUGGUCAUCCCAUGUGAAGAUAGUCCAAACCAAAAUUGAGCUUUGGCCCUGCAGUGUCUGAACAGGGUGACAUAAGGAUAGGGGGAACCAGUGUAAAUGGCCCAUGUAAACAUGCCCUUACUCUACUUCCUCAGAUGGAUGGUGAGCUAGUGUCCAGGAAAGACCUUUAUAAUCAGAC